AUACGAGAGUCUAGCUUUGAACUAUAAACUCGUUGACUUUUCGUGCGUAUUCGUGUAAUAUAUACGACAUAGAAAACAAACAAAGUACUUAGAACUCGGAGUCUCGCAAAAUAGCCUUGCUAUAAGAGCCAACAAAAGGGUAUAUCGUGCGUGAGCCAUAGAAAAGUUUUCGUGUCAGUGAAUUUAAUAAAACCAACAAAAAAAAAAAAAAAAAUAAAAAAAAAGACAGCACACAACGAAUGAAGUAAAAUAUGUAGGUUUAAAAACAAAAACAACAAAGUAAAUCAAGCAAAAAUCAGCUACUAAAGGGGUCUAACCAAAUCAAAUGCAAACACACCGCAGCGAAACAAAACAAAACGAGAAGUGAAUUGGAGAGUAAAAACAUUCAGAGUAACAACAAGUUUGAAUGCAACAAUAAGUUAGUGCAAGGUACCCAAACAAUUACACAAAAAAAAAAACAAAAAAACACUCACACAAAUACCUCCAACCUUACGCACAUGCCAGCAACACAAUAGCCAUGAAAAUAGCUUCACAUAUCCUUAGUGGAAUUUCAAGUGCGAUGAAGGCAGACAAGUGAAUAUGGACAAAGCAGUUAACGGAGUGAAUUAAAUUGAAGUGCAAGUCAACAGCAGACAUCAGUAAAAGUUUUCUACGCUAAACUAAAAAAAAAAAGCCAGAAGAAAUAGUAAAAAGAAGAAGCACAUUAAGUGAAUAAGCAUAUGCCUAAUGGCCCAUUAGGCGCAUAUAUGGGCAUAGCACCGUAAAUUAUCAAAAAUGGACACCCACUGACAACCAAAACCAAAAAAAAAAAACAACGAAUAAAAUCGCUUGACUGUUAGGGAACGUAAGGGCACAAGGGCUUUCUUCUCAACAGAACAAGUGCUCGAAUAUCAGAAGCGAGAAUAAUAAAACCAAAAACAAAAAAAAAAACGAGUCAAAUUGAAACGUGUGCACGGUGUGUUGGUUAAGUGAUUUGUGAAUGUCAAAACAACAAACAGUUGCAUCAACAACUGUCAUUGGCAAUGGCCCAGCUUGCAGCCACGAAUGCUGGUCACAUGAUUAUAAUAGCAUCAGCAGGACGUGCAUGAUUAUGCUCGCACUCACGUAUAAUAUUAUGUACUACAACACCAACAAAAACCAAACGCGCUUAAAUUGUCAUUGUUGAUGUGUGAGAUUUUUGCUAUGUAAUUUUCGCUGUUCACUGUGAUGUUGUUGUGCUUUUAACAACUUUCCAUAUAAUUCUCUCAUUAUUUCUGUAUACGUCAGCAGCGUGUCAUACGGGCAGAGUGUGCGUGUGUUCGCCAUUUGAAACCGCAGCGUCCGGCAUUAGUGCGCCGCGUGUGCGUUAGCGACAACCGCAACGCAUUACCGCCACAUCGCAUCCCUCGGCAGCGUUUCAAACAAUGCUUACCUGUGUGUGUCGUCCUGUCUCCGGUAAUUUGCCAAAAAUGCCACCGACUAUGCUGCCCGCACCGAAAGCGUCACGCAGUGCCAUCGCCAUUGCCGGCAUAGGUGUUACGCCCACUGUGGUGGUGACUGCAGAACCAAAGCUAAAUGUGCCUGGCAGGCUGACAUCAGCCGAAUUACGGGCGAUGGCACUGCGACAACAACAGCAAAUCGACUCACAACACCAGCUGUUGGCUACCAAGGAGCAGCGUUUGCGUUUCCUUAAAUCACAAGAGGUGCGCAACGCGGUCGCCAGCGCUGAAGGUGAACGCCUGCGACGUUUACGGGAGCGCGUGGAGGCGCAGGAAUCCAAAUUGCGACGCUUGCGUGCGCUGCGAGGUCAAGUGGACUUACAGAAGACUUACAAUGUUACGCUGAGCAACGAUCUGGACUCGAUUCGAGCUCUUUUUAGUGAAAAGGAGAAAGAGCUUAGUUUGGCAGUUGCGAAGGUGGAAGCGCUCACUAGACAACUGGAGGAAUUAAGACGCGAUCGUCGCUGUCCAAUAAAUCUGCUAUCAACUGGUGGUAAUAAUGGCAAUGCACAGCCCUUGCCGCCACAAGCAUCACGGGAACUCGAGAAGUUGCGGCGUGAAUUGGUGUAUCGUAAUCAACUAUCGCUGCAACAAGAUGCCCGCUUACAUUUGCAACGUGAGGCAUUGCAGCAACGGCAGGCUGAACUGCGCUCCGUUGACCAGCGCAUUUACGAGCUACAGACAAGGCUGCAACGUAAAAAAACCGCCAAUUUACAAAAUAAUAUGCAAAAUCAAAAUCAACUACACCAGCAACAACAACAGCAACAGCACCAACAGUCUGCGUCUCAGCAACCGUCACAUCAGCCUGCGGCGCACGCGUACAAUAACCCUAAGACCAAUGCCGCGUACAAUCACCAACAAACCAACCACCACAAACAAGGCGUGGCCGCACUCAAACAGCAAUUGCUGCAAAAACAAGCUAGUAAUCUAUUAACUACUGCGCAACAGCAACAUAACUCUUCAAAGUUCCCUAAUAUUAUCAAUCGUGAACCGAAUCGGAGUAUGCAACGCGGCAAUGUAGCUGCUGUCGAGCCAUACAUACAUACGCCACAGAAGUCGGCGAUCGCACCUGGAAGCGGCUACUUGGGCGCAGGCAAUAUAUUGAAACAUGCAGCUGCCACCGCUAACACCAAUCAGCAAAAUCAGCUGAUACAAGAUUUGACGCACAUGAAACUCAACAUAACUGCCGCUACGCACAGUCCACAAGGCGGCGCGCCAAAUGUGCAUGUGCUCAACAGCGGCACAAAUGCCGCUAAUACGCAGACGUCGUUCUUUAGUGGUGAAAGUGACGAAUCAAAGUUGGCGAAGAAAAUGCUAACAGCAUCGCUGGCGGCCGCUAAAGCCGCGGAACCAACUAAGCCCGUGGAAGUGGAUACAUCGAUGCACAUCUAUGCCGAAGUGGGUCCGAAAAAGCGGGACUUGCUGAAGGCGGCGGAGGCGGCCAAAGCGGCCGAGGCAGCUGCGCGUGCUACUGAGGCAUCAUCAAUUACCUCAUCGUCGUCAACAGGCUCGGUCAACACCACCACCACCACCACAGCCGGGGUCACGACAACUGGCAGUAAAAUACCGAAAAGCAUCGGUUCCGCCACCUCAGCAACGGCCAUGAUCAGUAAAUUAAAUAGCGCAGCAGCGGCAGCAAAGGAACGCAACGAAUUGGAGAGGAAAUGCGAAGGCGCAGCAAACGAAGCGUUGACAGAGAAGCAACACAUUCAACAGCAGCAACAAUUGACCGUGCACAGUAUGCCUUUGGGCGCUGCUAAUAAGUCGCUGGCCACCGCUGUGGCACAUACAAGCGCGUCGACGACUACAACCGCCAGUGGUGACAGCGUGCAUGCGAAACCGAAACCGCUACAGACGCAUGUAUCCGGUAGUUUGGCGAUACCGCCGCGAAAACCCAUCAGCAGCGUAGCACCUACAUCAGUGACCAGCUCUAUACCGAAAAUGAUUACCUACAGUCCAAAAGUAAACCGUGUUGCGCCAAAUGUGGUGAGUGCCACAGCAACAGCGACAACAAGCUCAGCAUCGACAACAGCGAACGCAGCGUAUUCUGAUCGACCCGCAUUGCCACCUAAGCCCAGCAAAAUAUCGCCCACAGAGCAUACGAACGACCACAGCUCAAGCGGCGCUACGAAUACAACAGCAGCAACAACAACAACAGCGUCUACGUCGAUGUUAAAGAAACCUGCCGUGCACGCGGCUUCAAUAGCAGCUGCCGCAGCAGUUGAAUUACAACAAGCCACACAAGGCCUGCAAACGCUCAAUAUCAAUGAUAAUCUGCCGAUCAAGGCGAAACCGCUGACAAUACGUAAGCAGCCUAUGUGCGAGCAGCCGCGUCUUAAGUUAGGCAACAGUGUACCUAAGCCGCCACUACAAGCUGCACGCAAAAUGGAUGUGCCAGCUGCAACAUCUUUUCUGUACCCUGCGGAUGGUUGCCACAGAGGCGAGCGCAACAAAGAUGCGCCGGAAAGUGUUAACGGUGGUGUGGGUGGUGGCGUCGCUGGUACCAGCAGUAUGAAUCGCUCAACUGGUGCGAAUAGCGCGCCAUCUUCGGCUGCCUCUUCACCCGAACAGCCACCGCAGUAUUCGCCACCACAAGUGCCGUCAGCGACAAGCGCUCAACCAACACACCAACAGCAUUCGCCUAACAGCAAUUCUCAAUCCAGUUCCAGCAUGGAUGAAUUGGAUAAGAUAGAACGGCACAGCGAUGGCGUGAGCGGAAGUGAAUCUACCACCACCGAUAACAGUGGCCUCAAGCGGCGUGCCGCUUCCACCGGUAGUGCGCCAAACACCUCCUCACUCGCAUCGGCGACGGCUAGCAACGGUAAACCAAAAUUAGCGCGUCGUGUGAGUUUUGAUCCGCUUGCUUUAUUGCUAGACGCUAGUCUGGAGGGUGAGUUGGAAUUGGUGAAAAAGACCGCAAUGCAGGUUGCAAAUCCUAGCGCAGCGAAUGACGAAGGCAUCACUGCGUUGCAUAACGCCAUCUGUGCGGGUCAUUUUGACAUAGUCAAAUUUCUUGUGGAAUUUGGUUGCGACGUGAAUGCACAAGACUCCGACGGUUGGACGCCACUGCAUUGUGCGGCCAGUUGCAAUAAUUUGUCCAUGGUGAAGUUCUUGGUGGAAAAUGGUGCAUGUCUGUUUGCAUCGACACUGUCAGAUCAUGAAACACCUGCGGAGAAAUGCGAGGAGGAUGAAGAAGGUUUCGAUGGUUGCUCCGAGUAUUUAUACAGUAUUCAAGAGAAACUCGGUAUACUUCAUAAUGGCGAAGUGUAUGCGGUAUUCUCGUAUGAUGCUCAAAACAGCGACGAACUUACAUUCCAAGUCAACGAUCGUUUGGUUAUCCUGCGAAAAGGCGAUGAUGCCGAAAGUGAAUGGUGGUGGGCAAAGAAUGCGAACGAUGAGGAAGGAUACGUGCCCAGAAAUCUGCUGGGGCUCUACCCAAGAGUCCCACCACAGACCUCCAAUUUCAACGAUUAGCAGUUAAUACGUUUUUAUAUAUGUAAAAAGAAAUCGGGUCGUCUAAUACAAAAACACUACAUAUCCAAGUAUUUGUAAUAUUUGUGGCAGCUUAUGGAAAACAUGGCACGCUAACAAAGUACAACAUAAAUUGGUGAUUGGAAGUAAAAAAUAUUUGGCGAGUUGGAGGAACGGCGCUCGAUAGUGACGUACGAAGCAUUUUAUAACUUAUUUCGUAUACAUUUUAUUUUCAUACAUAUGUAUGUAUGUACAACUAUAAAAGCAACUUUAGUUCGACUAACCUUAUUUUGUGUAUUUGUUUUAAGAGUUUGUAAUGUAAGGUAGCAUUCGUUUUUUUGCUAUCGCCUGAAAGUGUCCAUAGAAUGUGCAACAUUGAUAUUUAAGCGUUUUCGAAGGUUUUCUAUAUACUAAAAUACAUACAUAAGCAUGUAUAAAUGUAUGUAUAAGCACAAAAAAAUAAAAAAAGCGAAGUGAAUACGAUAAAUUCAUAAAUACAUAAAUACAUACCUUGUAACUCCUACUAAAUAACAAUACUAUUAAGGCUUACAAUAAAAAUAUUGUAUAUAAU